AUGAUGUUAGAAAAAGCCCAUUGGAAACUCCUUCAAGAGAACUUCAAAACAUCUCAUUUUUUGUGGUUCAAAAUAUUUUCCCGCUCUUCAUUUCGGAAGUAUAGAUCAAACUUUUUCUCUGCGUCUCUCUCUCUCUCUAGAUUUAUCCUGUACUUAAAAGGUCUUGUUCUUAUUUUCCUCAAAAACCAUCCAAAUCCAUUCUUAUCCCAAUUUUGUCGAUGCACUGAACACCCAUUUUCUUCUUCUAUUUUUAUCCACCGAUUUUCUUCAUCUCCUGUGUUUUUUUCCAUUGGCUCAACGCCAAAAAACAACAGCCUCCGGCGAUUUUUCUUUCACAAAAAGAAUAUUUUUCCACUAUUCGCUAUUCCUUUUCAUUCAUUCAAUCCUCCUUCAUUCACACACAAAAAAGAGCAACUGUUUCUUUUUUCGAGGCGAAGCGAGAGAGUAUGUAAAAUAGAGAGAGUGGGUGGUAGAUGAGGGAUCCUCUUAUUUUUUGCCACUUUCAAUUAAUUUUGUUUUAUUUCAUCUCAUUUUUUCCCCGGAAUUUUAUAUUUUAGCACUUCUGGUUCUGGUUCUUGAUCUUCAUCUACGCUUAUUUGUGUGUAGUUUCAGCGUCUUAGAAUAUUUUCUGAAAAAAAUAAUGAUUCACGGAUAAUCCAAAUUCAUCAGUGGCAAAGCGGACUCGAACCCGAAACUUUCAAAACACGAAUGUAUGUAGGUACCAUUUUUCACAAGUUUCGUAGCUCAUUUUCUUGGCUCCACCUUGAGCUGAGAAUAUAAUUUUCACCGAAUUGAGAUCAAUGCGUCGAGUUCUAUGAACCGUGCCAGACCAAAUUUUCAACAUCAAAAAACCAAUAUUUUCCUUAUUUUCCAAAUAUUUGUCUCCUUCCCAAAUACGCUAUUUUCAGCUGUAAUAACAUUAUACCAAAUCUCAUUUCCUUCUAUUUUUCUUUUUUCUUAUGCUUAUACAAAAAAUCCAAAAAAAUUGUCGUUUUUCCGAAAAAUAAGUCCAAGUGACCUGAAAUUCGAUAUUCUCUUCGUUUUUCUUACUUUUUUCGCUAUCAACUGUCACUUUUUGUUUCCUCAAACAUUUUCAAACAAAUAUAUUUUUGUUGAGAACUUCAUUUUGGCAACAAAUAUUCUCCCCCACAUUUUCUUCCAGCCAAAAAAGUAUAUCCGGUUUCCUGUUGAAUAAUUCAUAAGUUCAAGUAAAUCUAUCUACCUGACUGAAUGAGUGGAAAGAAAAUAACGAAGCAGAAAAUGCCAGAAACAUUUUUUUUUGUCAUAAAAUAUUCAUAAAAUAUACAUUUGACGAGAUGAGAUGAGAUGAGUGGGAGAUGUACUUUUUCGAGAGGAAUAACAUUUUUCCACGUGGUAAAAUGUCUAUUUUGACGCCAAAUCUGAUAUUUCUUAUCUCCUUUGUUUUCUUGUUUUGUUUUUGCCAAAACUUCACUAUGAAAAUAAAUGCACACAGAAUUUUACAGGGUGAGAGAGACGCAGAGACAAGUAGAAAAAUUAAAUCUAUCGUUGCGAGAUCAAGCGCGGGAAAAAUCUUAACUUAGCUGUUCAAAAAUCCCAAAAAAACUAAUUUUCUAUUUUUUUUUCAAAAAAAAAAACCAAUUUUCUCAAAAUCCGGUCCAAAUUGAAACUUGAAAUUAGUUUUUUUUUCACUACUUUUUUUUCUUUUUUCAAAAAAACGUAUUUUUUCUUUCAAUUUUUCAGCUUAAAAUUGAAUUUUCCACUGUCCUUUUCAACUUAUUUUUUUCGUUCCUGAAAAUAAAAAAUAAAAAAAUUUCUGAUCUACGAUUUUGUGUAUCCAAAAGAAAAAUAAAUAUCUACAGCUAUAGCCUAACAACAAUUUAUGACUUUAUUUUUCAAACAUAAAUCAUUUUUUCUUUUUCUUUGCAUGAUGAAGAAAAAUUGCCAAGUUUUUAUUUUUAUUAUAAAUUUUCAUAUCUAUAUCAUCAUGUUUCUUGAAGUUCCUAGUGAGUAACUUUUCAUCAAAUUUAAUGCUUUUUAAAAAUAUUUAUCAUAAAAUGAAGCAUUUUUUCAGCAGUUUGUGGGAAGAAUGAGAAAAUGGAAACAAUAAAUGAUAGGCAUCAUCGAUGUUUUUUUGGAUGGGUUCAUGUUUCGGUUAGUUCGUUUUUGGGAUGAUAAUUAAUUUCAAAAAUUUAGGACUUCUGGGAACUAUGAAAUCUUGAAACUGAGUUUCGAAAAUAAAAAAAUAGCACAGAAUUCACAAGAAAUUUUGAAUCAUAUCAUUUAUUUUUGAAUAUUUCCGGAAAUUAUAAAAUAUAUCCUUGAACUAUUUCCGAGGAUAAACUUUAAAUAUAUGAACUACCAAAUCGACAGUACCCCUACCCUAUUCUUUUAUUUCAGACAACAAUUCGUUUGGUCAUCGCUUAUUUUCUAAUCUAUAAUAUAUGUAUUGGUUUUCUCCGUCUUCCUCCAAUUUCAGUUUAUAUCGCAAUUAUUGGAAUUGCCACGUGUCUUUUCUCACUUUAUCAUGUCAUUCGAAAAAAUCCCCGUUUUCUAGUUAUUUUCUAUUUUUAUGUGGUCUUCACAAUUUUCUAUUUGCUAUUUUUGGGCGGAUACUUUUUCUUUAUCAAUAUUUUCAACAAAGAUCUUGUUAAACGUGAGUAUUAUUGAAUUAAAAACACGUGAGAAAUAAAAAACUAGGUCAAGUGACGUGGAUUUAAAAACAGUAUAGGUAGCCAUGUCGUCAAUUGCGAUGCGGUUCUGCGAUGCGUGUUGACCUCGAUAUUUUCCAUUGGAUUUUCCAAAUUUUUCAUUUCUAAAAACGUGUCGCCCACACGCAUCGCAACUGACGACAUGGCUACCUAUACUGUUUUUAAAUCCACGUCACUUGACCUAGUUUUUUAUUUCUCACGUGUUUUUAAUUCAAUAAUAGCAGUUAGAUUUUAAUUAUAUAAAUUCGAUGUCACCUUUUUGCAGAAGCGAUUGGCACAAAUUCUGACAUAAUAUCAUUUUUGUGGCAUUUUAUGGAUGUGAUUUUAAUGUUAACUCAUGCAUGGGCUCUUGGAGUUAUCUCAAAAACUCGAAAAUAUUACACGUGGCUUGCGGAAGGAGGACAAAAAGGUUUGGAAUUUGGGGACGGAAAAAUGAAUAUUUCUAGAUUUUUUGGAUAUAUGAAUUUUCAAAAAAAUAAGUUAUUUUUGAAGAACUUAUACCAAUACUUGCAUAAAAUGAUGUCUCACAGAAAGUAAUGUUGGCGCGGAUCAAAGUUCAUUUACACCGUCUAAUUAUGAUUUGAUGAUGGGUAGGGAAUGUGAAACUUGUUGUGAUUGUGCGAAAAAAAUUGAUGUUGUGAAAAAUUGGGGGGUUUUUCUAAGAUAGACGACACAUUUCUUAAAUUUCUCUCCAAGGUUUUGUUACAGAAUUCUUAAAUCAGAUUCACUUAAGUUUACACUUUUUCAAAAAAGCUGAAAUUUUUAUGGGAACAUCAUAAAUCCUCUGCCUAUGUUUCGCAUCAAAACUUCUGCCACCUGGCAAAUUUUCACAGCAACCCUCAUCUAUCUUUCACUGCACUCUUAUCUCAAAAUUCUGGCAGUUUUUGUAUCGGACCUGAGGAAUCGGACCAGGUCCGAUUAAUCGGACCCGAUUUUGAAGGUUGUUGGAAUCGGACCAGGGACACAAUUUUCCAAUAGGAAUCGGACCACAAAAAAGGAAUCGGACCACAAAAAAGGAAUCGGACCAUCUUGUGUUUUUUGAAUCGGACCAGGUAAAAUCGGACCAGGUAAAAUCGGACCAGGCAAAAAUCGGACCAGGUGGAAUCGGACCAGGUAACAAAAAAUCGGACCAGGCAAAAUCGGACCAGGCAAAAAUCGGACCAGGUAACAAAAAAUCGGACCAGGCAAAAAUCGGACCAGGUGGAAUCGGACCAGGUAACAAAAAAUCGGACCAGGCAAAAAUCGGACCAGGCAAAAUCGGACCAGGUGGAAUCGGACCAGGUAACAAAAAAUCGGACCAGGCAAAAAUCGGACCAGGCAAAAUCGGACCAGGUGGAAUCGGACCAGGUAACAAAAAAUCGGACCAGGCAAAAAUCGGACCAGGUAACAAAAAAUCGGACCAGUUUUUCUGGGCGUUUACUAAGCCUAAGCCUAAUAUCCGGGCCAGUAAAUCCCAAAAGCUUUAACUUUUCUGUCUUUCAAGGCUUAGGCUUAGUGAACGCCCAGAAAAACUGGUAAACUGGUCCGAUUUUAUCUGGUCCGAUUCCACCUGGUCCGAUUUUUUGCCACCUGGUCCGAUUUUAUCUGUCCCGAUUUUUUUUACCUGGCCCGAUUUUUUGUCGCCUGGUCCGAUUUCACCUGGCCCGAUUUUUUGUCGCCUGCUCCGAUUUUACCUGGCCCGAUUUUUUGUCACCUGGUCCGAUUUUUUGUCACCUGGUCCGAUUUCACCUGGCCCGAUUUUUUGUCGCCUGCUCCGAUUUUACCUGGCCCGAUUUUUUGUCACCUGGUCCGAUUUUUUGUCACCUGGUCCGAUUUCACCUGGCCCGAUUUUUUGUCACCUGGUCCGAUUUUUUGUCGCCUGGUUCAAUUUCACCUGGCCCGAUUUUUUUACCUGGCCCGAUUUUUUGUCGCCUGGUCCGAUUUUACCUGGCCCGAUUUUUUGUCACCUGGUCCGAUUUUUUGUCGCCUGGUCCGAUUUUACCUGGCCCGAUUUUUUGUCACCUGGUCCGAUUUUACCUGGCCCGAUUUUUUUUUUACCUGGUCCGAUUUUACCUGGCCCGAUUUUAUCUGGUCCGAUUUUUGCCUGGUCCGAUUUUAUCUGGUCCGAUUCAAAAAAGGCAAGGUGGUCCGAUUUCUUUUUUGUGGUCCGAUUCCUAUUGAAAAAUUGUGUCACUGGUCCGAUUCAAAAUACCUUCGAAAUCGGGUCCGAUUAAUCGGACCUGGUCCGAUUCCUCAGGUCCGAUACAAAAACUGCCCAAAAUUCUAAACUCAUUUUUCAGUCGAACUUACGACAACAACAACUACAACUUCAACAAGUUUACCAUCGCCACGUCACGAAUCAAAACCGGAUAUUUUCUGA